AUGAAUUGGCAGGAUCAUAAGUCAACCAAAACCAGUUCUGAAAAAACAUCAGUCAGGGAGUUUGAGUUAGAACAGCUACCAAUUUACAAGGUGAGACUAAGAUGGCAUAACGUGCUUGUGUUUUUCUCCAGGUCCCUCAGGCUCAGACUGAAAUUCUUGAGCAAGAACAGGAUUCCUGUGGAUAUUUUCCUGAGCAACGCCUUCUUGGCCCGGACAGAAAUCAGGGUUCAGGGAAACCUCUUCCUAUUUCAUCUCUUCACCUUCUUGUUCUUCACUGGUCAGAGGCUGAGGCCCAUAGAUCUCAUUCUCACCCAGCUGACUUUGGCCAAGUCUUUGGUUCUUCUUUCCAAGGGCUUCCUUCAGGGAUUGGUAACUUUGGGUGUGAAAAAUUUUCUCGAUGAUAUUAGCUGUAAAGUUAUAUUCAAUGUCCUUCAUGACCUUCAUAGAGUAGGUCGGGGGCUUUCCCUCAGCAUAACUUGCCUCCUGAGUGGUUUUCAGGCCAUCAUCACCAGUCCCCAGAAUCCUAGGUUCACAAAACUUAAAACCAGAAUCCUAAAAUACAUAAUCCCUUCUCUUCUCCUCUUGUUUUUCCCCAUGCUGCAAAAUAGCAUUAUACUUGAAAAACUUAAAGGACCAAGGAGCACCAGAAACACCUCAGAAACAAAAGAAUACAGGUUAUGUUCAGUUACUGUGACUCCUAUUAGUGUCCCACUCUAUGCAAUUGUGUUCUCCCUGCCUAAUGCUGUGUGUAUCACCUUCAUCAGCUUUACCAGUGGCUACAAGCUUUACCUCUUGUACAAGCAAAGAGUCCAACAGUUUCACUCUGACAGAUUUCUCCUAGAGAACAGAGCCACCCAGAUGAUCCUCCUGCUGGUGAGCACCUUUGUCACUUUUUAUUUGCUCAAUUCGAUCUUGGAAGCAUCUAGACCCUGUUUGCUGCAUACCUCUGCUUUCUUAGCUUCCUGUUUUCCUAUGGUUAGCCCCUUUGUGCUGAUCAGCAGUGACUCACAAAUCCUGAAGUACUACAGGGCUGUCCAUGGAAGAAAAAGUCCUCAUAAUGAACCUAACUACAGUAAUACCCAGUCCCUGAUUUUGUUCAGCAUAGAUUUUUGGCCCUUUGCAAGCAACAUUACCCCUGUGAAACUUGAGCCUGAGCUUGAUUUUCCAAAAUUGCCUCCAGCACUCCAUUAAAUUGAUGGUUUUUCUUUCUGUUUUAAAAAGCCUAUUUGUUUUUAACACACAUU